CAGCGAGCGAGUUGCAUGGCGCCAAGCAUCUCUCUGCGGGGUACAGUUGCGGCAAUAUCUCAUAUUGCCGCUUUAUGAUCCUAACCGAUAUCUGAGGUUGCGGAGGCCUAGCAUGGUAUCUGGUUAGGAUCAAUUCUCAACUUAAAUGUACUGUCUAAUGUACCAAGCAGACGCAUCGUCAUUCUGAAUCGGCCUUGUCAGAGGAAGUCAUGGCAGCUAAGCCAACAGCGAUAGUUACAGGCUCAGCGCAGGGCAUAGGUCUGGCGAUCGUCCACCGACUUGUUGAGGAAGGGUUCGCCGUCUGUGUGAACGAUAUCCCAGCAAAUCAGUCUACCAUCGAUAUCGUGGUCAAUGAAAUCAACUCCAAAUCCGGCCAUCGCACGGCCAUUGGGGUGGCGGCCGACGUCUCGUCGUCUGAUGAGGUGAAACGAAUGAUCGAUGAAUCGUUGCGCCAGCUCGGUCCGCUCACGGUCAUGAUCGCAAACGCAGGCAUCGCGCAGGUUGCACCUGCGCUGGAAAUGACCACGCAGGACGUGACUAAGAUGUUCAACGUCAAUAUACUCGGUGUUUUCAAUUGCUACACACAUGCUGCGCGGCAAAUGAUUGCGCAGGGUCCGGUCGCAGAAUCAGCAGUCGGUUACAGGAUUAUGGGUGCUGCAUCAAUCGCUGCUUACAAACCGUUUCCACUGCUUUCCCACUACUGUAUGAGCAAAAGCGCGGUCAGGAUGUUCACUCAGACAUUUGCCGUUGAGGUGGCGCGGCACAAGAUCACGGUCAAUUGUUACGCCCCUGGUAUUGUGGACACUGCAAUGUGGGACGAAAUCGAUGAAAAGCUGGGAGCUCUUGAGGGCAGAUCUCGGGGCAGAACCAUUGAAAAAUUUGGUUCUGAGUUGACCGCCAUGGGUAGGGUGUCUGUCCCCGAAGACGUUGCAAAGGUGGUGGGUGGUUUCUUGUGCAGCAAAGACAGUGACUUUGUUACCGGACAGACCAUUGUGGUAGAUGGAGGCAUUGUGUUUUCCUAAAGGAUGUAGACAAUCAAAGAUCAAAAUGUGAGCGCGGAC